UUCAAGGGCUCGACAUGAUAUCAAAACUUCUUAGGGUAAUCAUAAUGGGCCCUCCUGGCUCAGGAAAGGGCACAAUAUCACAGAGAAUCGUGAAAGACUUUGGCUUGAAGCAUUUGUCCAGUGGCGAUCUUCUGAGAAAACAAAUCAUGGAACGGACAGCUGCAGGGAUUGAAGCCACGAAAUACAUUGAUCAAGGUCAGCUGGUUCCUGACCUCACAAUGGUCAAUCUUAUCUCUAACGAGCUGGAGAAAAUAGAAAGUCACAGCUGGCUGCUAGAUGGGUUUCCUCGGACAGUAGUUCAGGCUAAAGAACUGUUAGAACGAGGCCCUAUUGAUUCUGUUAUCAAUCUUAAUGUGCCCUUUGAAGUUAUUAUUGACCGCAUCAAGGGUCGGUGGACACAUGAAGCCAGUGGUCGCAUCUACCAUACAGAGUUCAACCCUCCCAACAAAGAGGGUAUAGAUGAUAUCACAGGAGAGCCCCUGAUUCAGAGAGAUGAUGACAGACCCGAGACAGUGAGAAAGAGGCUAGAGGGGUAUCAACACUCCACCCAACCAGUACUACAAUUCUUCAAUGACAAGAAACUACUGAAUGUGUUUACAGGGAAGUAUUCUAAUGAGUUAUGGCCCCUGGUUCAUGACUACCUGGCAACCAAGAUGACACCAGUGCAGUACACACGCUACAAAUAACAGCAACCAUCUCCAUGACAACAGCAGUGGUGCUAAUGUAUCACUAUGUAGGCAACUGUUCAACAAUGUCUGAUAUUGCAAGGGGAUGUUUCAAAAUGUGAAGUACAUUCUAGAAGAUAUGCUGUGAAUACACUGAGAAAGUGUAAUCCCAAAUAUAACAUGUAUUGCAAAGAUAUGCUGUGUAAGGUACUUUAAUAGGUCAAUGAUUUAUGAACUAUACAAGAUGAUUAGUUACUAAUUUAUAAAAUAUUUCCCCCAAAUAAAUGAAUGUGGUGAAUAUGAUCUAAAAAUGUGAUAGUUUAUUGAAAAGACAAUUAACACUCGCCAAUUAGCUUUAAUAUUAGAGUGCUGCCUUUAACAACAAUCAAUCUAAAGGUAACGCACAUCAGGUAAUAGCAGAUUUCAUCAAACAACAUGGACAGAUAUCUUGAAAGGAUAUCUUAUCACUAAUGGAGACUGGCACCUCUAAUUCACUGUAUGAAAGAGAGUAUGUCUUGUGUCUAAUAUUGUGAGGAGCCUGUUGUUAUUCUCCUGUGAAUAUUUUAACAUUGAUCUUGUGAAGUAUACAUCUGGAGAUAACCGACAGAUUUUAAAGGUGUGUUUAGAAAUUGUUUCUCCAAAUUUAACUGUACAUGGAUUUAUGUUUUAUUAUACAAGAUAUUUUAUAUGAUUCAUUUUUAUACAGAGCUGUGUUGUUAAUGUAUUAUGAAUUGUCUCUGGUUUUAAAUCAGACAAAGUAAUCAAAUAUGUCAAACAUACAAAUUAAUGGCAUUGCUUGUGCAUGGUGUGAGAUAUCAAUAGAAUCCAAACCAAACUCAGCAUUACGUUAUCCCAGAAAUCAGCUGUUGAUCAGCUGGGUAACCUAUAUCAAGUUGCAUGUGUUGUGUUUAGCUUACCAGUACUUAUAAUGUAAUGUACCAGUAGGUUUUUCUGCAUGCUGCCAUUCAUCUGUCACCUAGACAUUAAUGGUCAUGCUUUGUAAAUUACGUAAUUAUGUGUAAUUUGGUCUUACG